AUGAAUAGCACACACUUUGAAAAUCUAGUUCAAUUUGGGGGAAAAAUAUUAGGUUUUGACGAAACAGAAACUAAUGAAUUAAUAAAAAUUUAUAAUGAGUCUGCUACCACAUAUACUAACAGAUCUAUUAGAAUUUUAUCUGAUUUUAUUUUUGAUUGUGAACUUUCUAGAUUUGCAAUUACCUUUGCAAAUGUUUCUACUGGUAGUACUUAUUUUUAUGAAUACAAUAGACGAUCACCAAUAAACCCCUGGCCAAAAUGGACUGGUGCAAUGCAUGGCGAUGAUUUGAUUGAUAUAUUUGGUAUUCCAUUUAGACAUCCUGAAAAAUAUGAUGAACAAAUCAGACAAAAUGAAAAAGAUUAUUCAGAACAUGUAAUGUGGGCUAUAGGUAAUUUUACAACUUAUGGUAAAACAACAAAUGGUUGGAAAAAAUUAGAUGAAAAUAAUACUGAAGCUCUCGAAUUUAAUGGAGAAUUAGGAGAAGGAAAGACAACAAAACAUACAAAUGUUACACCAUCUACAUGUACUGAAUUUAAUAACCUUUUUAUUGAUUAUAUUAAAUGGAGAAUGUACUUAAAAACUUUGACUACAACAGCACCAGAUUCAUUAUAG